GUUACCGACUUCAAAAGGGGGAAAAUUAGAUGUAUUUUUAUAAAGACGAUGCAUUUGAUAAAGAAAUUGCUUACAUGAUUCCUGGAGGGGAAGCCAUGGAAGAUCGUCUCCGCUCUCUCUGGCCUCUUAAACUCUUCUCUAGUCAACUUCAUGUAAUUCAUGGCUUCAAAAUCUACAGACAGUUUACUUCUGUUCCUCGUUCUUGUUCCUACAAAUCAAAUCCAGUAGCUGAAACUCAGCAGAACACCUUCGGAAGCAAAAUCAUGGACUAUGGUAAUUCAAGAUCUGCAAGCAUUAGCAGCUGUUAGGUUUAACAUUCAGAACAUGAUGAUCUCUGCAACCAUGAAUGGAGUUAACUGCUGCCUCAGGUUCCCUGGUCAACUCAACUCUGACCUUCGGAAGCUUGCUGUAGACUUGAUUCCAUUCCCUCGUCUCCACUUUUUCAUGGUUGGGUUUGUUCCUCUGACCUCCCGUGGAUCCCAGCAGUACCGUGCCCUCACUGUCCCAGAACUAAUCCAACAAAUGUGGGAUGCAAAGAAUACGAUGUGUGCUGCAGAACCAAGGCAUGGUCGCUACCUCACUGCCUCAGCCAUGUUUAGGGGCAAGAUGAGCCCCAAGGGAGUGGAUGAGCAAAUGAUCAAUGUCCAAAACAAGAACUCUUCCUACUUCGUGGAGUGGAUUCCGAACAAUGUUAAAUCUAGUGUCUGUGACAUUCCACCAAGAGGGCUCUCAAUGGCAUCCACUUUUAUUGGGAACUCAACCACCAUCCAGGAAAUGUUCAGGAGAGUGAGUGAACAGUUCACUGCCAUGUUUGGGAGAAAAGCUCUCUUGCACUGGUAUACUGGUGAAGGUAUGGAUGAAAUGGAGUUCACAGAAGCCGAGAGCAACAUGAAUGAUCUUGUGUCUGAAUAUCAGCAAUACCAGGAUGCUACUGCUGAUGAGGAAGGAGAAUACGAGGAGGAGGAGGAAGGAAUGGAGCACAUGUGAGGCAAGAUAGAACACAAAGGUACCAUGUUAUGUAUGAUAUCAUGCAUGUGUACUUCUACCUGGUAUGUGAGUGAAAAACCUUUCUCUAAAAUUUUAUUUGUCCUUGAAGUGCAUCCGUAGAGCAAGGAGAAUCACAAUGUUCUCCCAGGAAAAUGGUAAGAUGUGGAGAGAUAUUAUGAGUGGGAAUGUUCAGGUAUUUGUUUGAAAGCGGUUUAUGCUGUACUUCUAUGCUUGGUUUUGAACCCCUUUUACUUCUCAUACAGACAGUAUCUCAUAUUUUGAUCAAUGGUAAUGUGCCCUGCAUAUUUUUGUUGUACAUGUUGGCUCCCUCUUUCUGAAAAUUUGGUCCCUUAUGCUUGUCUAAUUUUAGGUCGGAUUGUUAUCCUUUGUAAUUUAUUUCAAAUUAUAUUUUGUUUUGUCAAUUGUUGAUUACUAGUUAUUAUUCUGUAGUCAUUGAAUUGUAAUUUAUUGAAUUAUGUACCUAUAGAAAAAAAAAAGAAGGAAAAUUC